UCGCCUCGGUUAUACCCGAGCUGCUGAAGAGACGCUGUGCGGCUGGAGAGGUUCCCCGGAGCGCAGUCUUUCACCUCCUCCUCCUCCUCCUCCUCCAUACUGCCUCCUUCUUCUGCACAUCUGUCCGCGCUGGUCUCCGCCCGCCUGCGUCCAACAAAAACACGACUGAUUUGUUUGCUGGUGAAAAAAGGAGGAAAUAUCUGGAGAAAGAUGGUUAAACUUGGGAGUAAUCUACAGGACAAAGGGAUUAAAGCGGUGACCGUUGAAGAUGGAUUUCAAACCGUUCCUCUUAUCACGCCCUUGGAUGUUAGUAAUCUUCAGUACCAAGCGCCAGACAAGGUGGUGGUAAAGACACGAACUGAAUACCAAACAGAGCAGAAGAACAAGGCCAAGAUGAAGGUGCCUAAGGUGGAGGAAUACACCAUAAGCUUCACUGAUGGGGUGUCAGAGAGACUGAAGGUCACCAUCCUAAUUGUCCUGGCUUUGGCUUUUCUUGCCUGCAUAGUGUUCUUAGUGGUGUACAAGGCAUUCACGUAUGACCACACCUGCCCAGAUGGCUUUGUCUACAAGCACCAGCGAUGCAUCCCAGCCUCCCUGGAGGCUUACUACACCGCACAGGAUGCACACUCUCGCGGCCGCUUCUACACGGUGAUCAGCCACUACAGCAGCAUGGCUAAGCAGACCAUGUCACGCUCCGUCUCACCAUGGCUUCCAAAUGGCAAUGUCCAGCAUGAUGAUAAACCACCCAACACUGUCAGCCAAUGAGGCUGCUUAUGCUGAUUCACCGGUGGCCAUGUCGGCUCCGCCCACCCACCCACCCACCCCCAUCUGACUUACCUAACACUUUUCUCCAUUUAUACUCUACUAUUUCAUUUUUCUUUUUUACUCAUGUAGUUCAUUUGUACGAGUUAUUUAUUUACUACUACCUUUAUUGUGCAAUUUCUGUUUUUAUUGUAUGGAACACCAGAUAAUUGUUUGUACAAAGGCACGCGUCUGUGACACAUGUCAAACGCGAAGGACCCGUAAGAAACCAUAUAGCUUCAUGACUGUCUGAUUCAUUGUAAAAGGCAUGUUGCAGAUACUGUAUGGGAUUUAUUUAUUUAUUUAUCUGUGCUUUGU